UUGAUUUCCCAAUGGGGUUUAGGUCUUUAAACCGUUUUACUAGUUGAAGCCUUCCGCUCUGAGUCCCUGAGAAUCUUCGAGUACGAAAGAUGUGGGCAAGCAAAGAAGGAGGGCCGCCGGAGGUCACUCUAGAAACCACCAUUGGCAACUUCACCGUCGAGCUUUACUACAAGCACGCGCCGAGGACUUGCAGGAACUUCAUCGAGCUCGCUCGCAGGGGGUAUUACGACAAUGUCAAAUUCCACAGAAUCAUCAAGGAUUUCAUAGUGCAAGGUGGUGAUCCCACUGGGACAGGAAGGGGUGGAGAAUCCAUUUAUGGGGGAAAGUUUGAGGAUGAGAUAAAACAAGAGUUGAAGCAUACUGGAGCUGGCAUCUUAUCGAUGGCGAAUGCUGGUCCAAAUACAAAUGGAAGCCAGUUCUUUAUCACAUUGGCACCGUGCCCGUCACUGGACGGAAAGCACACAAUAUUUGGAAGGAUCUGCACAGGAAUGGAGUUCAUCAAAAGACUUGGCAGUGUCCAAACUGAUAAUACUGAUAGUUUUCCUGCAAAUGGUUGGUCACACUGCCGGAUCCUCUUAAGUUUCUCAGUCUGUUGUGGUUCACUGCACCAAACCGAAAAAAUUAAGAUUCUGAGUUUGAAACUUCAGAAUGUAACUUGCUCAUGUGACAUAGUAAGCUAAGCUACAAUGUCUCAUAAAAUCUGCGAGAGGAAUCUCUUAUGGUAUGAGUAGCAAGUUAAGCCGUUGACUAUUUUCUUUUUCGGAUACAUAAAUGUGGACUCAAAUUUGUUAUACUAUGUUUUCAGUCAUAGGAGCAAGUGGUAAAUCUGGUUGUGAUUUUGGAUAUAGGCAAUCAUAGGAAGAUAUGUCCAACAGUUUUAAUUGAUUGUCUCAAUUCUCCAAAUAGUUUGGAAAUGAUGAUAAAUUAUUGAAUAUUGUCAAUUUUUAACAGUACCAAUUGUAAGAGUCUGUCGUUUUCACUUAGAAAAAUGUUGUGGAGAAGUGGUAAAUAAGUGAUUAGUUAGAAACUUAACUGUCUUCCCGAAUGUGAUCUAAUAUAUUAAGAGAUUUUAGGUUUAGUUUUGUAAGUGAUUAUAGCACCUUGUCAUACUUAGAUUUGUAACUUUUGCAAUUAAUCGCCUAUGAUCACCGGCCUGUAAGUUUUAUUUCUAAUCAUUGUGCCUUUGUAAUACACUUCUUUAGAAGACUUUAGUUUGCAUGAUUUGUUCAAAACUCGAUCU